GCCACACACAUCCUCAAGCGAUAACACCAACAACAAAACAACAAACAAAAAAAAAAAAAACAGAGAGAGAGAGAGAGCAAAUCUCCAUCAUGGACUCGUCUCAAAACGACGGCGUAUACCAACCGCUUCUCCAUCCUCAACCAUCUCCACCUACGACGGAAUCAAGCAACGGAGAGCUAGAAACCGUCCUCUCCGACGUCGAAACUCCUCUGUUUCUCCGCCUACGUAAAGCCACCACAAUCGAAUCAAAACUUCUCUUUAACCUCGCUGCACCAGCCGUCAUCGUCUACAUGAUUAACUAUCUCAUGUCCAUGUCCACUCAAAUCUUCUCCGGCCAUCUCGGUAACCUUGAACUCGCCGCCGCUUCUCUUGGUAACACCGGUAUCCAAGUCUUCGCUUAUGGUCUCAUGCUAGGCAUGGGGAGUGCAGUGGAGACGUUAUGUGGUCAAGCAUAUGGUGGUCGAAAAUACGAUAUGCUUGGAGUUUAUCUCCAAAGAUCGACCGUAUUACUAACUCUCACCGGCCUCCUCCUUACCUUAAUCUACGUUUUCUCCGAACCAAUCCUUCUCUUUCUCGGUGAAUCUCCCGCAAUCGCUUCCGCGGCAUCGCUCUUCGUAUACGGUCUUAUCCCUCAAAUCUUUGCCUACGCAGCGAACUUUCCUAUCCAAAAAUUCCUCCAAUCUCAAAGCAUAGUAGCUCCAAGUGCUUAUAUCUCAACGGCUACACUCUUUGUUCACCUUCUUUUAAGUUGGCUCGCGGUUUACAAGCUUGGUAUGGGACUUCUUGGUGCGUCGCUUGUGCUUAGCUUGUCGUGGUGGAUUAUUGUUGUGGCUCAGUUUGUUUAUAUUGUUACGAGUGAGAGGUGUCGUGAGACGUGGAGAGGUUUUAGUGUUCAAGCUUUCUCAGGUUUAUGGAGUUUCUUUAAACUUUCUGCUGCCUCCGCCGUGAUGCUUUGCCUUGAGACUUGGUAUUUUCAGAUUCUCGUUCUUCUCGCCGGACUUCUCGAGAAUCCUGAACUUGCUCUUGAUUCACUCUCUAUUUGCAUGACGAUUUCAGGGUGGGUGUUCAUGAUAUCUGUUGGAUUUAAUGCAGCGAUAAGUGUAAGAGUGAGCAAUGAACUUGGAGCAGGGAACCCUAAAUCAGCAGCUUUUUCUGUAAUCAUCGUUAACAUUUAUUCGUUAAUCACUAGUGUGAUCUUAGCCAUUGUUAUUUUGGCGUGCCGCGAUGUUUUAAGCUAUGCCUUCACUGAGGGUAAAGAAGUCUCGGACGCUGUCUCUGAUCUAUGUCCGCUUCUUGCUGUAACGCUUGUCCUUAACGGAAUCCAACCUGUGCUCUCUGGUGUGGCGGUUGGAUGCGGUUGGCAAACGUUUGUGGCGAAAGUUAACGUUGGAUGUUACUACAUUAUUGGAAUUCCUCUUGGAGCUCUCUUUGGGUUUUACUUUAACUUUGGUGCCAAGGGUAUAUGGACGGGGAUGAUUGGUGGUACGGUUAUACAAACGUUUAUUUUGGCGUGGGUCACGUUUAGAACAGAUUGGACAAAAGAAGUGGUAGAAGCUUCCAAAAGGUUGGACAAAUGGAGCAACAAGAAACAAGAAGUUGUUCCUGAAUGAUCAUGCAAGUCGAUGGAAGUUUGGUAUCCAAUGAACCGAUUAGAUUUUCAUCGGCUAACCGAUGCAAAAGCUCAUAUUAGCCUGUGAGGCGUGAGCUGGUAAUAAAGGAUAUGGAUCUACCUUUUAAACUUCUACAACUCGAUUUUAAGCUUUUUGUGUUCUUGUUUUAAAGAUUACACAGGUAGGUUAUGUAUAUUUGUAUGCCAAAUUAAAAUAGUUAUUGCUUUACUGUUAUUGAUUUAUAUAUGCCUGUCUUGGAUUGGAUAGAUCUUAGUUACUUUUGUUACAUAUUAAUUUUAAAAAAGUUAAUGAUGUUUUGUUA